CAGCAAUAUGCUUUAGUAUUUGCUGCCUUUCUCACUUCAGCCAGUCUUGCUGUGUUUCUCUUCCAUCUGCUCUUCCUCCCUUCAGGUUCACCUGGCUUAACUUGGUAUUUAGAGCUUCCAAAGCUGAAUUCCAAGAUUGGCCUUUGCUAACAAAGUGCUGAAUAGUGCCAGAACAGUAUGGGCUUGGGUUUCUGUUAAUUCUUAAUGUAAUAUUUCUAUAGUUGGUAGGCUAAUUUCUGUAAACGUAGUUGGUAGCUUGUCUCACAAAAUAAUGUACUAAAUGUCUUGUGCAAGUCUUUUUGUGGAGAACUGUCACCUGCCACUGAUAUGCUGACCUACAUGCAUAUGGACAGAUUUUUGAUGGAGAAAAAUACUGUAUUAAUUCUUGUUAUCUAUCACUGAACGAAGACUUCGGUUUCCUUUUUACAGAAGUUCUGUCAGGAGCUUGGAAGUGUUUUAGAAUUAGAUAUAUGUUAUUAGAUGUUGCCACUAUAACCUCAAACAGGCCUAUUAGGGACAUCUUAAUCCUGUGUAACAGUUCCUCAUUAAUGAGAUUGAGACAUAUUUUUCUGUGGCUGGGUUAGUUUAGCACUGACCUAAGGUAAGUGCUUUGUUUUGAUGCUGGAAGGAAAGUGGUGCUUUUUGUAAAGAUAGUGAAUUCUGUAUAUAGUAAGUUAAUAUUGUGUUACUGUUUAAACUGCAUAAAACUCUUGCUUUGUCAAUGUUUUGAGUUGUCCUAAUGUUAAUUUUUUUUCUGGUAGCAUUAGAGAGUGUUUUUUACCCUCCCCAGCUUUUUCAGCACAACCAUUCCCAGGUGCAUGGAUGAACAGCCUAUACCAUCCUGGUCAGAGCCUGUUAGGCAGAUCUGAAGUGUCCUUUUUGUGACUUUGCCUUUGUUUCCUAAUAAGGACUUUUGGGAGAGCUGGGGACCCUCUUUCUGGGAGAAGUUGAUGUAUACAAGGUUAUUGCCAUAGGAAUCUCCAGCGACCACAGGAGUGGAAGGGCUGACUUGCUUCUGGUGUCCUGCUCCCUCUUGAUCGUGAGAGGUUGGCUCCAUAUUCCAGUGACUGCUCAACUGAGAGAGUUUGGGUGACAUCUCUAAGAUCAUUGUAAGGAAGCAGAUACCCAGGAUUUCCCCACUGUGGCUGCCUAACUGCUGCUGAGCUGCCCCUCCCAGCCCAUGUGGCUCUCCCCAUGCUCCAAGAGUGCAACUGGUGCCCAACGCAAUGUGUGUUUGUCAAACCAUGGAAGUGGGCAAGUAUGGCAAGAAUGCCACUCGAUCUGGAGACCGGGGGGUCCUGCUGGAGCCUUUCAUUCAUCAGGUGGGCGGCCACAGCAGCAUGAUGCGCUAUGACGACCAUACUGUCUGCAAGCCCCUCAUUACCAGAGAACAGCGCUUCUAUGAAUCUCUGCCCCCGGAAAUGAAGGAGUUCACACCUGAGUACAAAGGUGUGGUAUCUGUCUGUUUUGAGGGAGACAGCGAUGGCUACAUUAACCUGGUGGCCUAUCCCUAUGUGGAGAAUGAGGCUCUAGAGCAGGAUGAUAUGCCAGAGAGGGACCAGCCACGACGCAAGCACUCGCGUCGGAGCCUUCACAGAUCAAGCAGUGUCACUGAGCACAAGGAGGAAAAACCUGGCCUGGCCAGUGACAACACUGAAAGCAGCAUCCAGGAAACAAAGAGUCCUAGGGUGGACUUGCACAUCCAUUCAGAUGUUCCAUUUCAGAUGUUGGAUGGGAACAGUGGUCUGAGCUCUGAAAAGAUCAGCUAUAACCCCUGGAGCCUGCGCUGUCAUAAGCAGCAGCUGAGCCGCAUGCGGUCGGAGUCCAAGGACCGAAAACUCUACAAGUUCCUUUUGCUGGAGAAUGUGGUGCAUCACUUCAAGCUUCCCUGUGUGCUUGAUCUGAAGAUGGGGACCAGACAGCAUGGAGACGAUGCAUCUGAGGAGAAGGCUGCUCGGCAAAUGAAGAAGUGUGAACAGAGCACUUCUGCCACCUUGGGGGUGCGCGUGUGUGGGAUGCAGGUCUAUCAGCUGGACACAGGGCAUUACUUAUGCAGGAAUAAAUACUAUGGACGUGGUCUUUCCAUUGAGGGCUUCCGCAAUGCCCUCUACCAGUAUCUCCACAAUGGCAUUGAGCUGCGCAAGGACCUCUUUGAGCCUGUCCUUGCCAAACUGCGAAGCCUGAAGGCAGUUUUGGAGAGACAGGCCUCCUACCGCUUCUACUCCAGCUCCCUUCUCAUCAUUUACGAUGGGAAGGACAGCAGGGCAGGGAUGUUUGUGGAGUGCCGGCCAGAGAUGCGCCUGAAGCGGGUGGACAGCUCUCUCCCAGAGAGCCUUCAGGAUGGCGGCAGCAUGGAGCCCAGCUCCUCGGCCCAGCCCAAGGUGGAUGUGCGUAUGAUUGACUUUGCACACAGCACGUUCAAAGGCUUUCGUGAUGACCCCACUGUGCAUGAUGGACCUGACAUGGGUUAUGUAUUUGGACUGGAAAGCCUUAUCAACAUCAUGGAACAGAUGCGUGAGGAAAACCAGUAGCCCUGGGCUACGGCCUCUUAUUCUUGUCCUGGUGGCAGGAGCAGACAAGACCACCUACUACCACAGGAAAAAGCAGACAACUUUGGUUUUAAACAAUUGUAUUGCUCUGUUGUUUUUAAAUGUACUUGGAUAGAAGAGCUAUGGAGAGGCAGGAUGGAACUGCUCCUCAUGCUGCCCAGAUGGUUCUGACCGCACUAGCUCUGCCUUCUGGAGGAGGCUCUGUAGAUGCCUGCUGGGUGUUGGGUGUCCCGGUUCUUUGCUUGUUGCAUGUGUGUUCUGGAGGGAGGACCUGGAUGUAAGGAAGAGAAAGCAGGAGAGCAUGGGGCUCUUCAGGGAGCUGGAGUUGUAGCCUGAGGAGCCUCCUGCCUCAGGAGCCCAGGAAGAGUCUUCCCUUUGAAAUUCUCCUGGGUUAUGUGGAAAGGGCACUCAGCUAGCCAUUGGCAGCAUCUGCGGGUCUGAUGGUGAGCAGCACAGGCGCUGGUCCAUGCAUUCAGUGUUGCUAGCUCUGCUCUGGGUUUUGCCAAUGGGGCUUUGCUUUUGAUGCUGCCUUUUUCUGCUAUUUGGGCACUGUGAAUAACCAACCCAAACACAGAAAUAAAAUGACCAAAUGCAACCCUUGGCAGAGCUGCGGCCAGGAGGGGAUGCCCCAUGCCUGGAGUCAUGCUCCAGCCCAUGCCUGCUCGCUCCCUGAUGGGGCAGCAUGGGCAGGACUGCAUACAGGCAGGCAUGGGGCUCUGUGAGACUAACUCUGCCUCAGAUCACUGACCAAGCAAGAACUCGGCUCAUGGGCUAGCAAUAGUAUCUGUAGCAGUUAAUGUGACCCCAGCAGUGCAGCGGGGUGUUUUGGACCAUUUCAACCCUUCCCAUCAUGUAACCUUGGUCCCACAGGUUCUUUGUGACUAUCUCCCUCCUGCUGUUGGGCUGGAGGCUGCAGUGUAAGGCUGUCCUCUUGCCCUGGUGGGGCCCUCUGCCUUGCAGCCCCUGCUCUUCCAGCAGGUCUGUGCUGGGGGAUGGUGGAAGGGGAGAUCAAGGGUUAGACCAAACUCCUCCCCAGGGAUCUCCACGGGGGGCAAGUGAGGAGGGACCUGGCUGAGCCAUGAGUACCAUCGCCUCUGUGUUUAGGCUUGCUUCACAGAGACAGUCUUUCCCAAAAUAAAUGCUGGGUUAGUGGAUGAAACAGCCACUUGGGACACCCUCUGCUGCCCAGGCUCCCUCCUUGAGCCAGUGCUUUACCUGCAGCUUCCCUUGAUGAGGGCAUUAAUGUUUGAUACUGUGGCCUGGUGGUACUGAACCGUACCCCACUCUGCAUCACUCCCUCUGUGUUUCUGUGCUGGCCCCCCCUGCUUGCUCCUUCCCUGGUGUCACUGACUUGUUCCAUGGCAUUACUGUUACCCUGACUGCCUGAGGAACCACCUGGGUAGGUGCAAGGCCAGGGUUGGGAUUUUUUGUUGGUUUUGGUUUUGUGUUUUAAUUCAGGAAAGCUUGUUUGGGGAACGCUCGCAUGUAGCAUGUGUGCUGACUCUGUGUGUGCACGGUCUGCUUGGAAAGUGGUCGUGCUCAGCUGGUGCCCAGCUGUAGCUGUUGCAGCAGGCGCAGGUCUGCAGCAGUGUGUGCAGAAAGGGGCAGGGGAAGUGCUGGCUUUUGUCUUAAAUUGUACAUCUCUCCUUGCCCAAGCUACUGCUCCCCUCCAGCUCUCUGGACCUUUGCUCGUGCUACUCAUCCCUGUGAUGGAUUACUGCUUCAUUGCUCCUGCCAGUCGCUGACCUGCCACGCCAGCCUCAGGGCGUGUUCAGGGAACAGGUUUGCGGAAAGGAGGGAGGCCCUGGAGCAGUUGGUGCAGCAGUGUACCGGGGGUUAUCGCGCGGGCUCUGCAGUUCCCCCUUGUCGGCAGGGGCGGGGUCCCCUUUCCCCUUCCCUUCGGACCACCGCGGUGGGACUCCACAGCUUGUACAUAUAGCCUUGACCGUUUCCCCUGUUUGUUUUUACACGAAUAAUGACUGUUUGUGCUUCACGGAGAACCAAAAACCAUUAAAGGAUCUGUUUUUGUC